AGGAGCGGCCGAGCAUUCACGUAAAAACGACUUAGUUACCACUGAGUCUGCCCACGGUGCCCGGGCCAGACCCGGGCCCCGGCAGAGCGCACAGCCUGGGAAGAGACGCAUCCCGCCAAUUUAAACAAAACAAAAGUCGGCGUUAAACUCGGCGCGGGGGAUUGGCUGUUCCUAGCCACAAGGCGUCCCAAAAGAAAGGGGCCCUUGUCAGUCCGGAGGCUUGGCCUGAACCAACUCGUGUCCACGACCGACUGCCACAUCCCUUGCGACAAAUGCAUUCUUUUGUUGUUGUUCAGGGAAAUGAAACAGUUUGGGCCCUUCAGGAGCUCCUCGGCAAAGGCUAGCUAAUCGCCUGAAGAAACGUAGUGGAAAAUGCAAAACAACGAAAUUAUAAAACCUGCCAAAUACUUCUCAGAAUUAGAAAAGAGCAUCUUGCUUGCUUUAGUAGAAAAGUAUAAAUAUGUGCUGGAAUGUAAGAAAAGUGAUGCACGAACUAUUGCCCUCAAGCAACGUACCUGGCAGGCACUUGCCCACGAGUACAACUCUCAGCCGAGUGUAUCGCUGCGGGACUUCAAGCAGCUGAAGAAGUGCUGGGAGAACAUCAAGGCUCGGACCAAAAAAAUUAUGGCCCAUGAAAGGAGAGAGAAAGUGAAGCGGAGCGUCAGCCCCCUGCUGAGCACCCAUGUCCUGGGGAAGGAGAAGAUCGCAGGCAUGCUGCCCGAGCAGCUCUACUUCCUGCAGAGCCCGCCCGAGGAAGAGCCCGAGUACCACCCUGAUGCUGCUGCCCAAGAAUCAUUUGCUGUUUCAAAUAGAGAACUGUGCGAUGAUGAGAAAGAGUUCAUACAUUUUCCAGUGUGUGAGGGGACCUCUCAACCUGAACCCUCGUGUUCAGCUGUCAGAAUAACAGCCAAUAAAAACUACAGGAGCAAAACCUCUCAGGAAGGUGCUUUAAAAAAGAUGCAUGAGGAAGAACACCAUCAACAAAUGUCCAUCUUACAACUGCAGCUGAUACAAAUGAAUGAGGUGCAUGUGGCCAAAAUCCAGCAGAUAGAGCGAGAGUGUGAGAUGGCAGAGGAGGAACACAGGAUAAAAAUGGAAGUACUCAAUAAAAAGAAGAUGUAUUGGGAAAGAAAACUACAAACUUUUACCAAGGAAUGGCCUGUUUCCUCAUUUAACCGGCCCUUUCCCAAUUCACCCUAAGACCUUGGGGGUGUUUCCCAUGUAAUUAAUCUCGUGUUGGCAAAGUCUGGAACAUGAACUUGUGGUCAGUAACCUAUAAUGGAGCUACAACUAGGAAAAGUAGAGUGGUAGUAGUCACUUAUUUAAGAAUACAUUCAGGUAAACAGCUGCACCCUAUGUACCCCUUAAGUGGCAAAGAAGCUGUUAUAGUUGUCUGAAAUUAUCAUUAUGAGUGCUAUAAUUCUGAAUGUAAUGUCUCAAUUAGAAUUCAUAUAAGAACCAUGUGUGAGUGUGGUAUUUUUUAAAAAUCAAAUGCAAGUGUGAUUAUAAAGAAGUAUGGCUGAUUUUUUUUUUCCUUAAGCAGAAAGCUGAACUUUGCUAUUCAGUUGAAUGUCCUGGCUGAAAGUGGUAGUCCUUCUCCAGAAGUGAUCCCGUUGCUCAGAACUUGCUAGAGGUCUGUGGGGAAUUUCAGUUUUUGAGAAGCUCAACAUUUGGAAGAGUAUUUUCUAAUGUAGCUUGUAAACUGCCUUUUAAGGCUUUUCUUCAGAGAAGAGUUCCAAGUAAUAUCUCCAACAAUGGUAGUUUUGUUAGAACUAAGAAUGUAAUAAUUUUGAGGGAGAAAUAUUAGUUUAGGUUUCUACAUUGUUAUAUUUCUUUUAUUAAAAAAAGACUUGCAAUUUUAUAGUCAUACUGUGUAUGUUUUUUAAAAGGUGCUGCCUUCUCAAGUGAGCUCCAGGCUUUGACUCCCCUUUGACCUUCCUCCAGCUGUGUACUACUGAGUUAAUGAUUGCCCUUGCUUUUAGGCUUUAGCUUCCUGCAGAAAGGCCCUUCCCUCACCCUGCUCAUGGUGUUAGCUGAUAGUAAUGGUAUGUAGCUGGCAUUACACGGACAGCAUGGGCUUUUUAAGAAUCCAUUACUACACAUUUGAAAAUAUGGAUUCAUAAAUGGAUAUUCUGAUUGAGAUGGGAUACAGCUUCUCUUGUAGCAGAGUGCUAAAAACACUCUGAGAGUUGGGGACAGCAGUGGCAGAAGGAAGCAAAGUGACUGUUAAGUGCCAUGUCUAUGGCCAUACCACCCUGAACAUGCUUGAUCUGGGAAGCUAAGCAGACUUGGGCCUGGUUAGUAUUUGGAUGGGAGACAGUUAAGUGCCAAGCUAGAUCAACAAUUUCUGAGAACGAAAUUUCAAGGCCAUGUGGUGAGUGAGGAGAUGGGACAGAGGCUAUGUAAGAGAGAGUGAGACUAGGAAUUAGAGCUUGAGUUCUAAGCUUGCUUCUGCCCAAGUUGCUGUGUCACCUUGGGUAACUCCUUGGUGUAUCACAGAACAAGGGAGUGGAUAAGAAUGUUUAGAGUGCUUCAACUCUUGGCCUUGGUGUGGUUUAUGUAAUCUUGGGUGGGUACUGCCAACAUCAUCAUUGCCUGGAGAGGAUAGGUCAAUUGGGAACAAUGUUCUACAAUGGCUAAGUAUUCUCCUUUAUAAUUUUGGGGUUUGCAUCCUGGAGACUAUAAGUUCUGUAAAGUACAUAUAGACUCGUGAUUUGUGCCCUGCAUAAAACUUAAAUGAAUAUUCUAUACACUGAAUCAUAUUUUAAAUGGAGCAUCUAAUUAUUUUAGAUGCAUCCUAUAAUGAGAAACUAGAUCAGCCUUUGAAAGAUCCUUUUAUAAGGAUUUCUGUUCUUAAUUUUGUUCUUAUUAAAUGGAUCCUUUAGAGGAUGAAGCAUCCUAAAGUUUCUCCCUUAAAAUGGGUUGUGGUAUACAGAAUUUGAUUCUUGAUGUCCUCCUUACCCUUGAGGAUUAGGACAGGGAAGAGCAGACCCUAAAUACAGAUGUGAACUGAAAAAAGAUUGCCUUUGCAAUAAAAAUGGUUGACCCAUCUAAAAAUCUUGUUAAUACUGUAUGUACUUUCUACAGUGAGGCCUGAGAUUCUGCAUUUCUUACAAGUCCCCAAGCUACACAGUAUGUGCUUGUCUGGUCAACACACUACUGCAUAGCCAGGGUUUUGAGGAUGCUAUGAAGUUUUUAUUCUCUCAAGAAAAUGAGAUUAAGCACAUUUUUGUGCACAACCACGUGCUGGUUAUUAUUCUCAGAACUUAUGAGUUAAACAUACAAAGAACAAUAUACAACAACUAAAAAAAUGCUCACAAACAGUAGUUCAUUUUAAUUGAACUAUAAAAGCAUUGAACUGAUUCCUAGCUAAACAAAUAAAGAAUAAUUAAGCCAGCAGCCUGAAGCACCUUGCUCUACUGUUAAUGGUAUUUAUGAGUUUAUGAGUUUAUAACAGUAGUCUGCAACACUGGCUAUGCAUUAGAAAUAAUAUUUUAUAAAUAAUUAGUCCCACUGGGUCCCACUUCCAGAGGAUUCUGAUUCAGUUGACCUGAAUUGGGGCCUGGUACUCUAGUUUUUGGAAGCUUUGUAGGUGAUUAUGAUGCAUAAUUGGGAUCGAAUAUCACUUGUGUAGAGUUCACAGAGGUAUCUAGUUUGGUUUUUAAUCCUAUGAAGUCCUACAGAAGAAAGGAAAUGCUCAGAGAACCAUCUGGUACCAGGCCCAUAGCUGAUGAAUGGCAAAGCAGAACUUCAAUCUCAGUUCUCUUGACUCUAGAACAUACAACCCCACCUCCCUUCCCCACCUCUUCCCUUGAAGCUAUGUCAUGGAUUUGUUUUAUCCCAUGUCAAAUCAUACUACAGGAUACCUGUAAUGUCUAUUCUUGAACAAGUAUAAUACAUCUCAGUUCAUUUCACUUUUGAGCCUUUCCUUACCUCAGGAGAAAAUGCAAAAACCAUUCUUGGUAGGUGUUGUAGGGAAUAGAUAAAUAAAUACUAAGACACAAGUCAUCAUCCUCCACCUUGCCAAAUCAUGAACACAGCCCAGGAGGGGAGGUAAGGCUUGUACACAGCUGUCAUGUAGUUGAUUGGUACGUGACUGCAAGUGCACUUGUCAUUGACAGCAGAGAACCAAGAAGCUUGAAGGCCUCAAGGAAGAGGUGGCAUUUGCACUGUCCUUAGAUUGGCAUUUUGGCAGGUGGGGAUUUGGAAAGCAAAGGAAUUUUACUAGAUGCAAGGUCCUGUUGAAUACUCAAGGCAUAUAAAUGAGAGGCAGUGGAAACAUGGGGAUUUUCCAAAUUGGGCAGUGCCAUGAUCAGAACUGUGGUCUGGGAAGAAGAUUAGAAGAUGAAACUGAGUGGAGACUGGAGUUGGGGAUACCAGGUAGGAGGGUUUGGCCCUGGUUACCAUGUAAAGAUAGGAACCCAGAGGAUGCCGUACUUAAGACACCUAACAAUGUUAAGAGCAUCGUCGAAGUGAACUCAUUAUGGGUCGACGGUUGGUUGCUCUUGUUGGAAAGGAGGUACGGUAAGGUUUUAAAGCUAGGUGCCUGAGAGAACGAUGCUGCUGAAUGAAAUGAAAGAAGGAUGCAUUUCUGGUUCUGACCUCUCUUAGGAGAGGCCUAGAUAUUAACUAGUGUUCCUGCCUCAGCCACAAAGGCCAGCAUCACUCCCACCUCCUCUUUAGCUCAUUGUUGCCCCAAUGUCUGCUUCCUCAGCUGCCCGUGCUGCCACUUCUCCUUGUUCACCUGACACCAGCCCCCUCCCUGCCAGGUGCUUGGUUCCCAGAUCAUUUUGUGUUGUCUCUGCCAUCAGUAACUCAUUUGCAGCUGUUGUGCCAUGUCAUUGGCCAUCUCUGGUAUUGGCAUUGCACUAGAAUGAUCAGUAAAGCUUCUUUCUUCCCUGUGGGCUCCAAAUUUUUCUCUAGAUAGCUUGCAUCCACAGAUUUUAGAGAUUUUAUUUUUAAUUUAAGUGUUCCAUGUGGUGUGAAGGAGCAUUGGUUCGGAGGGGCCGUUAAUCACCGUGUAUGCUUAUCACAGCUCCUUUACAAAAAUCAAACAUGAAAUCCAGCCCUAUUAUUCAGACAAGGUUUAGGAAAUGUGACAGGAUUUUUGCAGGGAGAAUUUUAAAAUGUAUUUUGUUUUGUUUCAGAAGAGCCUAGAAGGGCAGAGGAAGAGAGGUAGCAUGGUGGCAGAGUACAUUUGAGUUGUCAACAGUCUGCAGUGUCAGGUCAAUUACAUCAGCACUUGGUGUGGACCAGAGGAAAGGAAUGAUUCUGCCUCCCGGGAAUGUCAGAAGGACCUGAUAAUUAUAUUUGGCAAAGCCAUGAGGAGUGGCUC